UUUGUUUUUUUCCACAGAUGUCCCGCCUAAAAAUGGAAUAUGAAAAGCAGCUGAAUCGCAAGAAUAAACGCCAUUCAACUUUCGAUUCAGCGCGCGAUUUCGAACAGAUAAUUAGCGAUCGCGACAAUUUACGAGAACUCUGCAGGACCUUCCGGAGCGUCUUGGCAGAACUUGCUAAAUGCGUGGUCAAUUGUGAGGAUGACAUAAAUAGCACAUUAAUGCAAGAGGUGCAGCGUCUGGUGGCACACAAUCGUACCUUGGAUGAGCAAACACCUGAGGUGGAUAUGAAUAUUUCCUUCCUGAAUGCUUCACUCAGCUCAAACAAGCAGUCAUGCUUCAUACCAGAUGUACACAAUUUGUUGGAGGUAGUGGAAGAUCCUAGUCUGGUGGAUUUCGUUAGCAACAGAAGUGGCGAUUUAGUCGAAGAGUUCGAUUUGCAUGAAUGUCUAGAGCGUUUAAAUUCCGAGGCAUUAUGUCUGUUGCAUUUAUCGGAAGAGCUGCAUAAACGUCAAAGGCGUCGAUUAUCCAGCUUGUCCAGCGGUCUGGAGAAAAUAGAUAGCUGCUGUGAGGGAGAUAGCGUCGGUGAUAAGUCACCAGCAAUGGGGGAAAACAUACACCGCUUUUUGCGUACUUUCUCGCUGAAUGAACAACAUUUACCAACAUACAGAGAGCAUAUUAAACAUCAGCAGGGUUAUCUACUCAACUCAUUGCCACCUGAUUUGAACCAGUUACGUGCUGAGCGUUCGAAUAAUAAUGAUGAUCUCUUCUCCACACCUGGCGGUAAUGCCUCCGAACUAAAUUUUCAGGUGCAUGAAUUGAAGAAUCGUCUAGUAAAAUCGGAAAAUGAUCGCGUCAAGCUGCAGGAAGAGCUGGAACACACAAUCAAGAGGAAUGCGGAAUUAGGACAGGAGCUACAGGCGAUGCGUGAUCAAUUGUCUCAAUUCAAUUCGCUCAAUCACACCGACUAUGCGGAGGGCUAUGGUCACGGGUCGCUUAGGAGCCCCCAGCGAGUUUCCGGUUCUGAUAAAUCAUCAACAAGCUUCACACAGUUGCAGGAGAAGGCACGCAAUAUACUGUCUUCGCCGCCGCAACAGCAGCCCAGUAAUGAUGCUACCGUGGUGCUGCUGCAAAUGAUUGAGGAUUUUUGUCGCGAAGGCGAGAAGGUGGUCGAAUGCGGAAAAAAGGAUCGUGAGGAUCUGCAAUCGCAGAUUGACGCGGCGGAUAAACAAUUAAAAGCCACACGUCACUUCCUCGAAGAGCAAGCUGCCGAACGGGAACAGGAGCGUGAUGAGUUUCAGCGUGAGAUCGAGUGCCUAAAAGUGCAGCUACGCGAUAAAGAGAAGGAGCGCAGUACAUUUGAAAAUGCCUCCAAGGAGGUGAGUGGAAUAUGCAAGUAUUCUGACGCUAUGUUCUUUUGCGUUUGCUGAUAUGGUGGUUUAUGUGCUUCGUUUUCUUUCUGUUUAAAGUUUCUUUCGGUUCCUGCUAUUGGAUAAAAACUGACUAUUACUACAUACGUACAUAUGUGAUUUUUCUUCUCAAUACUUAUGACUAAGUUAAGCUGUUUUACAAAACUCAUCAAUACAAAGCAUCAGUAUCCUUUUUUCUAAAUCAUAAAUCACAGUAAAUUCUUAAUUCCCCAAUCAUAAAGAAAUGCCAAUUUGCUGUUAAGUUGCGCAAAUUGGAUAAGAGCAUCUUUUGUCAUUUAGAAAUAAAAGAGACUGAUGCGUUUUUAUUGAUGCAUUUUUGAAAACAGCCUUAAUGUUUCUUGUAACUUAUUCGAAAAUCUGUUUUGAGUUGACCUUUUUUUCGACCGUGUCAAAUAUACUACAUUACUAAUAUUUCAUUUCAAUCCUCUAUUUUUA